GAACUGAACUGCAGCGGCUGCUUCAGAAGUCUAGCUUGCUCCAGCUCUCAAGAUGGCUUGCAGGUGGUUGCUGCGUCAGGGGGAGUUUUCAGGGGUAAACUAAGAGCCCAACCUGCCUUGACAACGAGGAACACCAGAGCUGGUACUUCCUCCUAAAACAUCGUCCAUCUUGCAUGAGACAGAUUCUCCAAGCAUAGGAAAAGCAGGCCGCCAGUUAUGGAGCGGGACAAUGGCACCACCCAGGCUCCAGGCUUGCCGCCCACCACCUGCGUCUACCGUGAGGAUUUCAAGCGACUGCUGCUACCCCCAGUUUACUCAGUGGUGCUGGUGGUCGGCCUGCCACUGAACUUCUGUGUCAUCGCCCAGAUAUGCGCAUCCCGCCGGACCCUGACCCGUUCCGCUGUGUACACCCUGAACUUGGCACUGGCGGACCUGCUGUAUGCCUGUUCACUGCCCCUACUUAUCUAUAACUACGCCAGAGGGGACCACUGGCCCUUCGGAGACCUCGCCUGCCGCCUGGUACGCUUCCUCUUCUAUGCCAACCUACACGGCAGCAUCCUGUUCCUCACCUGCAUUAGCUUCCAGCGAUACCUAGGCAUCUGCCAUCCCCUGGCCCCCUGGCACAAGCGUGGAGGUCGCCGUGCUGCUUGGGUGGUAUGUGGAGUCGUUUGGCUGGUUGUGACAGCCCAGUGCCUGCCCACAGCAGUCUUUGCCGCCACGGGCAUCCAGCGCAACCGCACUGUCUGCUACGACCUGAGCCCACCCAUCCUGUCCACCCGCUACCUGCCGUAUGGCAUGGCCCUCACGGUCAUCGGCUUCUUGCUGCCCUUCACAGCCUUACUGGCCUGCUACUGUCGCAUGGCCCGCCGCCUGUGCCGCCAGGAUGGCCCAGCAGGUCCUGUGGCCCAAGAGCGUCGCAGCAAGGCGGCCCGUAUGGCUGUCGUGGUAGCAGCUGUCUUUGUUAUCAGCUUCCUGCCUUUCCACAUCACCAAGACAGCCUACUUGGCUGUGCGCUCCACGCCCGGCGUCUCUUGCCCGGUACUGGAGACCUUCGCUGCAGCCUACAAAGGCACCCGGCCCUUCGCCAGUGCUAACAGCGUUCUGGACCCUAUCCUCUUCUACUUCACACAACAGAAGUUCCGGCGGCAACCACACGAUCUCCUACAGAAGCUCACAGCCAAGUGGCAGCGGCAGAGAGUCUGAGACCCCAGGGGAGGCCCUGAAGCACUGGCUGCAAUGUGUUUGCCCACUGGGGUCAUGGUGCCUGAAGCUUUCUCCCAAUCGGAAACCAUACGGAGAAGAAGCAAAACUUGGCCCAACAUGCCUGGGCCUCCAAAAUUUCUAUGUCAACCACAAAACUAAGACACCUGUGUUUCGGGGUCUGGUCAGUUCAUGCUUGUUAUACCAGAAUUCAGGAUGUUGUGACAGGAUAACAAGCUCUAGGCCAGCCUGGUCUACAUGGUGAAACCCCAUCUCAGACAAUCAAGGGUUGAGCUAGGUCCUGGAAUAGCACUGCAAAUUCUAACAAAGGUCUUCUCCCCUGACCUUUCUUGUGUUUACAAGGUGGAGGGGACCGCUGGUGCACCAUCACGAACGUGAGGGCAAGGCCCCUCCUGUAGAGGAAGAAGCUGGGAAAGCUCACACUCCCAUCCAUUUGCCAAGACUUUUCCACAGGAGAAAGAAAUAAAUGUGUUCUUGUGUUUGUUGUUUUGUUUUUGUUAAUUUUUAAGCCACUGCACGCAUGAGCUUUCAAGCGCACACACACACACACACACACACACACACACACACACACAGCCAAGCCAAAUGAGUUCUUUAGUCAGAUUCCAUCAAUGCUAGGUGAAAGGCAGGCAAUGACUUAACUGGGAUAGGGGACAGGAUGUGUGCUGGAACCUGACGGGAACUAAGAACAAGGGUUGGAAAUACCCAGGAGGCAUCUUAAAGAUGGCUGACCACCUGGGGAGGUCAGCCCUAGGGUAGCUUGAGGCUGAGAGGGAGUACAUCCAUGUCAUAUAACAGAUGACACAGAUGACAGAACGGGAUACUCCACCUUGGCUUCACGGUGCCUCCUAAUUUUGUAAUGCCGUACACACUUCUGUCACGAAGACUUUGUCCACGAGUCCCAAAGUCAAGUUCAUAACACCCAUCGAAACUGAUAUCACCAUUACCUGAUUAUCCAUUAAGACAAUGGAUCAACACAGUAGAUACACACUCAUCUAGAAUUAUUACACCAACAUGAAACAUUUCAACUUAGCAGUAUGAUAUUAAGGAACAAGAAGUCCUUCCGAAUUAUUUGUAGGCAGUGUCCUUUCUGUGAGGUUAGGAAGAACUAAAGCAGACAUGCUGGCCCAUGGGGGUAGCCAUAGCAUGUGGAAGGCCAACUCAGGCUCAAUAGUUGGAGGUGAGCCUGGACUGUGGACUUUGUUCUUUGCCUUUAAAAGUAUUUUAAAUUAUAUUUUAUAUACAAUUUUA